AUGAAAUCAGAUUAUGGUAACCCAGAAAAAACUACUUUAGAAUCUGGUUGUGAUGAUAAGUCAAUCAGAUUAUGGGAUGUUAAAACAGGAUAAUAAAAAGCCAAAUUAGAUGGUCAUAGUAAUUUAGUAAUGUCAGUAUGCUUCUCACCAGAUGGAACUACUUUAGCAUCUGGUAGCAGAGAUGACUCAAUCAGAUUAUGGGAUGUUAAAACAGGAUAAUAAAAAGCCAAAUUAGAUGGUCAU